UCCACAUGAUCAUGUAUUUUGCAAAGCGGUUUCUCUUUCUGCAAACGUUGCUUCAUUUCCUCCUCUGGUUUGGCACAUCAUCACUGGAUGCCAUAACUAGCGGCCAAAACAUUAGAGAUGGUGGUGAUCACGAGCCAAAACUUCAUGAGGUUCUAGUCUCUACCGGAAAAACCUUUGCGUUUGGUUUCUUUACUCCCGGUGAGUCUACCCACCGUUAUGUUGGGAUUUGGUAUUACAGCGCUCCAGGAAAUACGGUGGUGUGGGUUGCAAACAGAGACAAUCCUAUUCAAGACAAGACUGGAGUUCUCUCAAUUGAUGUUCAUGGAAACCUCGUACUCCACGACAACAGUCGGAGCACCACACCCAUCUGGUCCACAAAUCAUGUUUCCAAACCAAGCCGCAACAACAAUACUCUCGCUCAGCUCGAGGAUUCUGGAAAUCUUGUCUUGAAGAGUGAGAAUGGAACAGGGGAGGUACUACUACUAUGGCAGAGCUUUGACUAUCCAACACACAUCCAGCUUCCAAAUAUGAAAAUUGGGAUUGACCGAAAGACGGGCCUGAACCGGUUCCUAACAUCUUGGAAGUCCAAAGAUGACCCGGGAACCGGGAAUUGGUCGUACAAGAUCCACACCAAUGGCUCCCCUCAGUUGUUCUUGUACAACGGCGACAUUCCGCGGUGGCGCUCCGGUCACUGGACUGGCGUUGGAUGGAGCGGCGUACCCACCUUAGCAGGUAAUCAACUCUUCAAAUUUAGUUUGGUAGACAACCAGAACGAGACUACCACGACCUGGAGUUUCAAUGCGCGCUAUCAAGUAGUCCUAGCAACGUCAGUCUUAAACGAGUCCGGGUCGAUCCAGCGGUAUGUCUUUGUGCAGGGAGAGAAUAAAUGGACUAUUCUAGGCUCAGUACCUUAUGCGGAUGCCCAUGGGUGUGACACAUACCGCGAGUGCGGUGCGUUUGGCAACUGUGAUUUCAAUGCAGCUAAUGAUUCCAAGUGUUUGUGUCUGCCGGGGUUCCUGAGAAAUGCGUCAGGGGGGUGCUCAAGGAAGAGCGGAGAGGCAUUCCUUUGCCGAAGCGACGAAGGUUUCAAGAAGGUGGUCGGCGUGAAGGUUCCGGAUACUUCAGUGGCAAGAGUAAACAAGAGUGUAAGUUUUGAAGCGUGUGAAGAAUUGUGCUUGCAGAAUUGUACUUGCUUGGCUUAUGCCAGCGUGGAUGUGAAAGAGGAAGGCGGGUGCAUUACGUGGCAUGGUGAUUUGGUAGAUACACGUGUGUUUAAGGAAGGGGGCCAAGACUUGUACGUGCGUGUUGAUGCGCUGGAGUUAGGGAAAGUAAUUUCCGCCUCUACAGUAAAGAAAUCAGAGGGGUUCUUUGCAAAUAAGAGGAGGCUGGCAAUUGUGGUGGUGGCCAUACUUUUUACUUCAUUUCUUUUUCUCCUCUUUGCAAGCUGGUUGAUAAAGAGGAAGAGAAAAGGGAGCAGAAGACAAGUCGCAUUGUUUGAUGAUGGUACAAAUGGCUCAAAAUCCUUUCUUCGGGAUUCUGCGAAGCUUGAUGAAACUAGAAGGAUACCAGAUGUCCAAUUUUUUGAUCUGAGCACCAUAAUUGCUGCCACAUACAAUUUCUCCCCAUCUAAAAGGCUUGGACAAGGUGGUUUUGGCCCGGUCUAUAAGGGUCAACUAGCCAAUGGACAAGAAAUAGCGGUGAAAUCACUCUCAAGAAGUUCAAAGCAGGGCACUGAAGAAUUUAAGAAUGAAGUUAAGCUCAUAGCAAAACUCCAACAUAGGAAUCUUGUCAAGCUUUUUGGUUGUUGCAUUCACAAAGAAGAGAAGAUGUUAAUCUAUGAAUACAUGCCAAACAAAAGCCUUGACUUUUUCAUCUUCGAUGAAAUAAGAAAGAAAUUGUUAGAUUGGAGAAAGCGAUUUGACAUUAUUUCUGGAAUUGCUCGAGGAGUCUUAUAUCUUCACCAAGAUUCAAGGCUAAAAAUCAUCCACAGAGACCUAAAAGCAAGUAACGUUCUACUGGAUGCGGCAAUGAAUCCAAAAAUUUCAGAUUUUGGGUUGGCUAGAAUGUUUGGUGAUGAACAAGAUGAAGCAAAUACAAGAAAAGUUGUUGGCACAUAUGGAUACAUGUCUCCAGAGUAUGCAAUGGAAGGGUUAUAUUCUAUAAAAUCAGAUGUCUUCAGCUAUGGCGUCUUGAUACUAGAGAUAAUCAGUGGCAAGAGAAACAAUUAUUAUCACAUCGGAAGUCCCUCCCUAAAUUUGAUUGGAUAUGUAUGGGACCUAUGGAUGGAUGGAAAAGCCAUGGAUGUAAUCGAUCCAUCAUUGGGUCAGGAAUAUCCUACUCAUGAAGUUCUAAGAUGCAUUCAAGUUGGGCUCUUAUGUGUGCAAGAACAAGCCACAGAUCGGCCAACCAUGCUUGAAAUUGUCUUCAUGCUUGGAAAUGAAGCAACUGCUCCAUCUCCUAACAAGCCAGCAUUUAUCAACAAAGCCAUAAAUUCUGGUCUGGAUUCCUCAGGCUCUAAAGGACCACCUGCUUCCUUAAAUGAGCUGACCAUCACCAUGCCUGAAGGUCGUUAAACUUGUGUACAACUAUUUGAUCUCUACAUUUGUAAAAGUUGGUCUGUAAAACUAUGAAUGUUAAGUAACAUGAUGCUUCUGAGUUUUAUCCUU